CAUGUUGUGUUUUGAUCGAGUUUUUUGACGAGAACAUUGUUUUCAUUUCGCGCGAAAAGUGAUCGGUUUGUUUUUAAACGAGAAAAAUCGAGUGUGCGUUAGUUUUCGUCAAUUUAAUUCAUACAGCUGGUUAAGUUUAUAUCAAGGUUACUCUCGGUCUCGAAAACGACGUGAUAAACAAAUCGGCGUGGAACGGGAAAAUGAAGCUGGAAUUGAGCGAUGGCAACUCCAAUCACUCCGAUUUUUCUAAUGACAGUCAAAAUUCGCAAAUGUCCACUGCGGACUUCAUGACAUCUCUGGGAAACGGUCAUCUACUCACACCCACCACCACGUUUAUGACUCUGGAAGCACUGAAUGCCGUACCAACACUAACAACUUCAACAGUAACACCUACAAAUUCACAACACAUAGAGCAAACAUUUAUUGAGGUACAAAAAACCGAGUCCCACGAAAACGAAGCUCAUUUUGUACCUCCCCUCGUACAUACAAUAGAUCCGCAUUACGAUUUCUACAACUCUAAAUCGCAGAAUCAGUGGCAGAGCAACCUGUCUCAGUCGAGCCUCUCAGAUUGCGACACCCGUUCUACACCGCCCUUAACACUGUCGACCGGUUUCCCCAAUAACACACAGCCAACACGAAGAAACAUGGGCGGACGCAAGCCAACAAAAGAUAUAAACAUGAGCCCUGAAGAUGAGGAGAGACGCCGGAUCAGACGUGAAAGGAACAAAGCGGCAGCAGCUCGUUGUAGAAAACGCAGAGUCGAUCACACCAACGCUCUAAUACGGGAAACUGAAGAGUUAGAGAGGACGAAGAGCCUGUUGCAAGACAGCAUUCAAUCUUUAAAGGAGAAGAAAGAUGAAUUAGAAUAUGUAUUGGAGCACCACGAACGGGCAGGGAAAUGCCGACGCAGGUCUAACACGCCACCGGACAUAAAACCAUUCGAGAUGUACCAGCCACCGCAAUGUCAGGAACGAGUUAAAACCGAAAUGAUAGAGCCAUUGAACACACCGACUACAAACGACCUAUUCAUUCUACCUUCACCCAAGAGGCAACCCAUGCUGGCGCCAAUUUCAAAACCGAGCCGACCCUCAACUCUCAACGUUGGUUUCACAGCACCGCAAUCAAUCUCGGACUUAGCUGGAAUACCGAUCUCGACGCCAUCAUCCGGAUUGACGUUCAAUUUUGAGUCUCUAAUGGGCGGCGGUACCGGCUUAACCCCCGUGUCAAAUCCGUUGGUGCCUUCAUGUAGUACACAACAAAGAAACGUUCCCACUAGCAGUACCGACUUAAGUUCACCAGAUGCAUGCAACCCCCCAAAGCUAGUUAGCUUAUAAGAUUUGCAGUUGUAGCUCGACCGUCGAUCUGAACACUACGUUAUUUAACCGUUAACAAUCCCGUAUUAUGAAGUAUUUCGAUAACGACGUGACCAGUUCGAUACAAGAGCUGCAAGAAUAUUAGUUAGCGAUUUGCCAAUACAAGUCAUUUGUUGGACAACGAAAACUAUAGUGCUGAUUAUUGUGAAUACCAUUUGUAAUGUCCAACAUUUACCAAUCACCAUGUUUAGUAGUUGAAACCAAAAAUGUUAAUUUGCUAGUUCAACUAGUGAUGUUUAUGUGUCAUUUUAGUAGAUUAUAAAGUUUAUUAAUUUAUUUAAUUUGUUAUUAAUUUUAUUUAUGUAAAUAACCAUUGAAAAAAGCUAAACAUGGCUCUAUACACCAAAUUAUGUCAAGAGUGCUCAAGCUGUUUUGCUAUGCUACAUGCAGAUUUAUUUUUUGCUACCAAGAAAUGCCUUUUUAUAUGAUAUAAAGAACUAUAUAUUUUCACUUAAGCAAAAAUAUUCCCUCCAUAAAUUUUUUAUAUAAUAGUAUAUAAGAUUAACAUUUAAUAUAUUUUUGUAAUGGGAGUGCUCCUUUACAAAAAGCGAUUUGUGUUAUUAUUGUUAGGUAUAUUAAUAUAUUAAAAUACUUUUCUAAGAGUAUAUUUAUAGCAAUAUAUGGAUUACAUUAUUUGUAAUCAGUCAAUUUUAUAUUGUAGUUUGUCAGAUUUUUGUAUUUAUUUUAUGCAACGCUAAUUUAAGGAAAAUAAAAUAAAUUAAAGUCAUCUUUUCA